UUAUUUACAAAAUUACAAGAAGAAAAGUAAAAACAAAACAAAUCGCAACGACAAUGAGCGACGACUUUGACUCGCGCUUAAUUAGGUUGAUACGGGGUAACCCCAAGCUCUUUGAGCGAGAAAUCCGCAGCACACCAUACGCAGUGAAGAGAAAGGACAAGGAGGAGCUGUGGCGCGCCAUUGCGACAUCCCUGCAAACGGAUGUCAAAACAUGCACAACCCGUUGGGAGCACCUUAAAUCGAAACUGCACCAGGAGUUGGCCAAAGAGGCGCAGGGUGUGGGCUCCACCUGGAGCCUGCUGCCCAAAAUGAAAUUCCUAAAGCCAGGUGGGGUGGCUGUGAGAAGUCCACACCCCUCGGAUGCGCUUAUUGAGGAGGUACACGACGAAGAGGACACGCUGCAAGAGGCAAUGGAUGAACAGUGCACAGGAGGGGCUGUGGCAAGUGUUAGUGCCCAAGUACCCACAUCCCCAACCCCCGCUUUAACACCAGCAGAUACCAUGAAACGUGUGGGGGUCCUGCUAGAAGGGUUGGGCGAGGAAGAUUGCGUUAAGGCGGGAAAAAGAAUCAUUGCGUAUUUGUGCAAAUGCAAUUUGCGCGCUUUAGAGUGUAAGCCCAUCGAUGAUUUAGUUAUUUAAUUAGGAAAGGGAAACCCUCAACGAACUGAAUAGCUUUAGAUUUUGAUUCUGUAUUUAACCUCUGCUCUGCGUUGGGUGGGUGCUGGGGGCACACACAAAAAUCGAAUUCAACCACGCCAAAAACUCCAGUCCUACUACUAUGACGCAGUUCAGUUUUGUGGAGCUGGUCAAAGAGUGCGCGCGCAAGCAAUAACAUGUCCAAUGGUCCCCCAAUGUCUGGAUCAGUGUACGUUGGGUGGAGGGGACAGUAGGGGGUAUGCGCGACGACGCCAAAACAAGAAUUUAGUUUAUUAAUUUGAUGACUUCGCGAGCGCAGACCAUGCAAUAUUAGCGAAAACAAAAAAAAACCAAAACGAACGAAGGCGCGUCGUCGUCCUAGUCCUCCUGCACCCUUAAACUACUCUACCGUGUCCCCUCCCCAGCCCCUGCACACACCUUUGACAAAGGCCACCACUACUACUACGAACUACUCCUCUCCCUUAUGGAAGCCAGGGCACCGACGCCGCCCUCCAUCGCCAUCUCCUCCACCUCCCCUCGCACAUUCGGUAUUAACACCAAAUUAUCGAUUGAUUUCAGUCACAAGCACAAACAAAAAUCGAUAAGCUGCCACUCAAAAUCCACAAAUUGUACAGUUAAGUUUUAUGUUAAUUUACAACCAUUUGCCUGUGGCUUGCAAUUUAUUGUGUCAAUUUUAUGUUUAGUUUAAAUGUUCAAAUAAAUGCGACUUUUAAAA